AUGUUAGGGACGGGUUCAGCGGCGUCAGGGGGCGCAACGGACGCGCGUUUCCCGCCGUCGAAAGCUGUGAUCCUCAUUGGCGGACCCAAUCAACCGGGCAACCACUUCCGACCGCUGUCGCUCGACCUGCCAAAGCCUCUUUUCCAACUGGCGGGGCGAGAGAUGCUCUACUUCCACGUCGAAGCGUGUGCCCGCGUGCCGAACCUGCAGGAGAUUUUGAUGAUUGGGUCCUACGACGAAGGGCUCUUCUCGCGCUUCUUUGACUCGGUCUGUCGCCACUUUAACGUGCAGAUCCGGUACUUGCGCGAAGACAAAGCGCUGGGCACAGCAGGCGGCAUCCGCUUCUUCCGGCACGAGAUCUUGGCCAACGACCCCGUGAACCUCUUUGUGCUGCACUGUGACGUGUGCUGCUCGUUCCCGCUGAACGAGAUGAUGCACUUCCACUUGAAGCACAGGGGCACGUGCACGGUGCUGGGCAAACGCGUGUUUCACGACGAAGCCAAGAAGUACGGCUGUCUAGUGGCAGACCCUGUAAGCAAGGAGAUCCUCCAUUGGGCCGAAAAGCCAGAGACGUUCGUGAGUGACAUUAUCAACUGCGGUGUCUACCUCUUUGAUGUAUCGCUCAUGGACACGAUCGUCCGCGUCGGCGACAAGAUCAGUCAGCAGCGACUGCGCAGCGAGUCCAACUCGGAGGCCAAUACGCAGCACGACCUCAAGAAACUCUUUCCUGAAUUCAGUAACCGGGACAACCUCCGACUCGAGCAAGAUAUUUUGCUGCCUCUUGCUGAUCAGCACUGCCUCUAUGUACACGAGCUCGGCGACUUUUGGUGCCAGAUUAAGACGCCUGGAAUGGCAAUCACAUGCUCGGAGCUUUACAUGCAGCGGUUCCGGUUUACAAAUCCUAGUGUUCUGAGCACAACGGGCGGGAAAUUGUCGCCAACAAUUGAAGGCAACGUGGUCAUAGACAUCUCGGCGAACGUGCAUCCGACGGCAAAGUUGGGUCCGAACGUGACGAUUGCAGCAGGCGUGGUUAUCGGAGCGGGAGUACGGGUUGCUCACUCGAUCAUUCUUGAGGGUGUGACGAUCAAGGACCAUGCGUGUGUGCUCUUUUCCAUCAUCGGCUGGAAUUCCAUCAUCGGUCAGUGGGCUCGCGUCGAAGGACAGCCACCGAACGCCGCGCAGAUCCAGGUGCAUUCGGCAGAGACGUCGCUUGUGCGCGACGUCACUAUAUUCGGUGUGUCCGUCGUUGCGAACCCAGAGAUCAUUGUUCGCAAUUGCAUCGUGCUGCCGCACAAGACUCUCACGCAGAGCUACCACGAUGAAAUUCUACUGUAA